AAGCUUCAAAGAAAAAUCCGCAAGAAUAAUCAAUUAAUCAAACGAUUAAAUAUCAAUUGAAUACAAAUAUUGUAAACACAAUUACAGAAAAUAAAGUUUAAUGAGUGAACAAUAAUAAAUCAUUGAGCUGUGAAAGCUUUAAAGAAAAACUAACCUAAUAAUCGAUUAAUAUAAGAGGAUUGAUUAAAUUUUAUCAAAAUUGCUAUCACGAAACUCGUCAAUAAAGCUAAAAUUAGUAGCAAAUACAUAAAAGCGUCCAAUGACCGUAGUGCAAAUUUAGUAAAUUAGUCUUACAGUAGAAAUUGACGAAUAAAUAUCUAUUCUAAACAGAUAAACAACUAGAUUUACAUGAUAAAAAUAUAUAUUUAUUAGCCUUGAUGGGUAGAAGAUUGUUCAUAGUGAAACAAAUUUAGAAUAUACAGAAGUGUGAAUAAAAAAAGAUAAAACUAUAUGAAAAUAAAAAACAAAUAAAUAUUACAAACAGAAUAAAUCAAUAAAUUAUUGAUAAAAAUAGAAAAAAACAUAAAUAACUAUAGCUUUUUAUUGAUAUCUUGUGUCAAAUAAAUUGUUAAACGAAGGCAUUAUUAUUAUAGUCCACUGGUUUCUGAUGACUUCAGUGUCAAUAACAAUAAAUAUUGCAUUUUGUUAACGGCAAGUUACAUAAUUUUUUUAUAAAAUAUUUUUGAAUGAAACCACUUUGCAUAUCGCUAAUAAUUUUUGCCUUUCUGCAACUGCCAUCAACCAUAACAACUUGUGUUGAAUUAUUAAUUAAUCAGAGAAUUAAGAACAUAUUAUCUUAAUAGUUUUUAAUAAUUAUCAUUAAUAUAUAACUGUACAAACAACACUUAUUGAAAAGAUCAAUACGCUUAAGGAGUAUACAAAGUGGAAUAUGAAUUUUUUAUUGAAACACUGAACAGAGAUUGCUUAAAGAAAGUGCGCUUAUUUCUGCAGAAAAAUAAUGGCUUCGAAAAAGAAAGUUCUUAUUGGUUGUACUGGAAGUGUUGCAACAAUAAAAUUACCUUUGAUUUGUCAAAAAUUAUGGGAUCAUAAUGUGGAUUUUCGAGUGGUCGUAACAGAAAGGGCUAAGCAUUUCAUCAAAGAGUCAGAGUUGCCUCCAGGUACUCAGAUCCUUUCAGAUACAGUUGAAUGGGCUGCUUGGCAAGAUCGUGGAGAUCCUGUGCUGCACAUUGAUCUUGUUAAAUGGGCGGAUUUAUUCCUGAUAGCUCCACUGGAUGCCAAUACCUUAGGCAAACUUGCUUCUGGCAUUUGUGACAACAUAUUGACGUGUGUUGCCAGAGCUUGGGAUCCUUCGAAGCCUCUAUUAUUUUGUCCUGCUAUGAAUACUAAAAUGUGGGAGCAUCCAGUAACUGCACCACAGGUUGCUCUACUGAAAUCAUGGGGAUAUAAGGAAGUAAAUUGCAUUUCUAAGACUUUAAUGUGUGGAGAUACAGGGAUUGGUGCGAUGGCAGAAGUUGAUACGAUUGUUCAAGCAACGCUCAGAUCCCUAAAUCCUUGGGAUCCUUAUUCACCACCAGAUAGGUUUUAUUAAAAAAAAUUAAAUAUAAAUUAUUAUCAUGUAUAAAAAAAAAAAAUUAAUCGAUUAAAAAAAUGAAAAUAUCAAUUGUCAAUAUAUGUACGUUACAGCGAAUAAAUCGACGAUUUUUUCUAAUUUUUUUCUUAAUUAAUUGUAUAGAUACUUUGGAAUAAUUUCAAUAUUUUUAUAAACUUAUUUAUGAAUUUAAUUAUAGUAUCAAAAAAAAAAUAUGUUUUAUAAAUAUUACCACAAAAUAAUAUAAAAAGCUUAAAAUAAAAUCGUUGAGCCAUUUAAUGGCUCAUUUUAUCAAAACACAUCAAUUUGUACACUGAAAUAUAUUACUGUAAAAUAUGAAUUCAUUACAAAUGGUCAAAAAAAGCAGUUUCCAAAUUCGUAUAUUCUGUUGAAAUUUGAAUAAUUUGGCACUCUUUUAACAUUUAUUUUGCAGAUGGUGCUUCAACAGUAGAAUGGCCAAGUAAAUAAUAACUAUGUGAAUUAUAGGAUUAUGUUAUACUAUUUGUUGCAUUAUUUAUUUGUAGUUAUCAAACUAAAUAUUGAAUAAACAUAAUUAUUUAAAAAGAAGAAAUCAAUAAAAAAUACUAUUACUA